AAGGUUUAAAUUUCGCUACAAAACAUAGAAUUUUUGUAAAAAUGCCUAAGAAAGAGAAUCUCACUUCGUCAGAUUCUGACUCCGAGAAUGAGAAGAAAUUGAAAGCGAAACUCCGUAAGGAUCAAUCACGGAAGCGGAAAUCGGAGCCGGAGGUUCAGAACUCUGGAAAGAGGAGCAAUGUUCCAACUCCGGAGGUCGGAGGCAAUUCAAACGAGAAGAUCCACCUCGGGAAGAUGAAGUUCAUUGAUGUGCGGACUUUUAAAGAUAAGAUUUUGAUUGACAUUCGGGAGCAUUAUCAGAAAGAUGGAGAAAUUAAACCAGGAAAAAAAGGCAUCAGUUUAUCGACAGAGCAAUGGGAGAAACUGAAGAUGUCUAUGGAAGAAGUGGAUUCAAGGAUUCAGCAGUUUUGUUGAGAUAACUCAAGUUUUUUUUAGUGAAAAGUUCCAAUUUUUGUUCUUGACUUUUUGUGUAUUGCUUGGUCUUGUAAUCUAUGUUGAAAAUAUGGUAAAAAAAUUUAAUGAAAAUUUUCAUAUUUUUUUCUUGACGAUUGUGUACUGUUUUGUAAUCUGUGUUUAAAAUGUGGUGGAAUUUUUUGUUCUUAUCCUUAUCCCACUUCUAAAGUGUUUUUUUUUUUGUGAAAUACUGAUAACUGCCAUUUCAGAACUUUGUUUUUUUAAACUUUCUUUUAG